AUGUCUCUUCUUCGUACAAGCACCAACCUCUUCUCCACUGUUCGAGUAGGAGCCUCAGCCUCUCGCUCGAUCGCUACUUCUGCUGUUCGACGAACAGACGACCCAAACAUCCUCAACAAAGAUACUCACUCCGGUGCAUCUGUAAAAGCCGACAAACACUCUAAGGACCCAAAGACACUUCAAAAGGAAACCGCGCAGGCUUCUGAGCAGCGUGGAGCUCCAGGAGAAAAAGGAAUCAUGUCUGGUAGUCCGAACGACGUUCCAACUCAAUCUGAGGAUGCCGUUCACGGUGAGAAGCACGAAAAGUCGCCGGGGCAGUUGCAGAAGGAGACCGUUGGAAAGCUGCACAACUGA